GGUGAGAGCACCUCCCUCACCCUCACACGUUGGACAGCGAAUAAGAUGAAGGCACACCUACCUUAAAAUCUCCAGGUCUCUCACCAAACAGCACGGUCUCCUCGUCAGCACGGCAAAUUGAAGAUCACAUUUGAUUUACACGCACAGGUCUCAGGAGGAAAAGAAAGUCAUCAAAAUGCCUGCCAGCCUCUGUGAUACAUGGGACAUCAUCAGCAAUGUCAACUUGGAUGGCUACAUGACUGCACUGGGUAUCAGCCCUUGCUUACGAAAGAUUGCUCUGAAGGUGAAGAUGAAGAAGGUGAUUGAGCAGCAAGGGGACCAGUACACCAUCAAAACUACCAGCAAGGUCAAAAACUACACCAUCUCCUUUAGAGUGGGUCAGGAGUUUGAGGAGUUUACCAAGGGAUUGGACAACAGACAUGUCAAGUCACUGGUGACAUGGGAGGGGAAUAAACUGGUGUGUGAACAGAUUGGAGAGAAGAACAACCGGGGCUGGGCUCACUGGAUUGAAGAGGACAAGCUACAUCUGGAGCUGUACUGUGAAGGAGAAGUCUGCAAGCAGAUUUUUAAGAAGAAUGCAAACGAGUGAAGAGGAAUUAAAACGUUUUUUCUUGAGGAGUUACUGUGAGCAGAGGCCUCGCGUGUCAGAUACACAACUCUAAACACUGAAUAUCAAUACCACACUAAACGUUCAGUGGCAUAUGAAACGUAACUUCAACGCUCAGUUCUGGAGAAAAUGUCUUUCCUGUCAGGGUAUUGAUUUACACCACUAGAUGGCAUCAGUGCAUUUUUUGUCAGACACUAAUGUCAAAACUGAUCUGUAGGUAAAUGGUGCUUGGUCUAAUGAAGAAAAGAGAAAUGACUGUGCAUCAUGCCUGAAUUUGGCUCCUUUAAGGACCUUUAAAGACUCAAUCCAGGCUCUGUGUGGUGCAAACUUAUUGUUUCAUUAAAUCUUUAUUGUCUAAUUGGACAAAUUAGAAAUAUUCUUUUUUUGGUGCAAUGGCUUGUGCUGGCCAUAUGACAUUUGGUGGAGCUAAUUCUAAUAAAUCAAACCCUUCUCUCUUAUAGAUACAUUAAUACCCAAUGUACAACUUAUAGUGAGGUGUAGGAUGUUUGGAAAACUGUUUUAUAUUCUUUUGUAUAAUGAAGUGGGUUUUUGAAAUCUGAAAUGGCAUACUCAAUGUUCAACAUUGUGUGGUAAAAUAAAAUAAAAACCUAUCUUCCUGA